AGUCGGUAAGAGUUUUCUUGAGAGAAAAUGAUUAAAUGCUUCCUUUCACUCAUUUCGGUCGAGCUACUUCUAACCUUAACCCUUCUCCCUUCUUCUUUUGGUGAGAAUAUGUUUCUAUUCCAAUUUGAGAGUGUGGAUAUGAGUAAUUGGGUGUUUGAAAGCGGGCCUUGGCACUGCAAAAUCAUCCCUCUAUUUUUUCACAAAUGGGUACCGGGUAUUCAUUUAAUCAAGUUGGAUCGCACCAAUUUGCCGAUUUGGGUUCGUAUUAGGGAGUUGCCGCUUGAAUAUAUGACGAUGGAAGGUUUGACUAGGGUGACUAGUUUGCUGGGCACGCCGUUAUGGAUGGAUCAAAAGACUAAGCUGGGGGCUCAAAUGGAUACUUGUAAGUUGUGUGUCGAGAUGUCGUCUGAUGCACUAUUUCCUUCGGAGCUAUGAAUCCGGCCUGAGGGGGAGGAGAAAAUUAAUUUUUUAUUCACUACCUCCAUGCUACAAGUUCGUUGUGAGCAAUGCGUUGAGUUUGGGCAUCAGAUGGGUGAAGGUGUUGAGUGUGGCAAGUCUUAUAGUGAUGGUGUGUUUGCAGUUGCGGAGCAGCCUGCAUUGACUGAAGAUGUGAUUGAUAAGGGGAAAGACAUAUUGGUCUCCUCGCCUAGAUUUCCUUCCUCAUUGGAGGUCCCGGGUACCUCUAACCCUGAUCUGAUGGUGGGUGUGUUGGUGAAUGUUGUUGCAUCUAGUUCAACUACACCAUUGCCAAAUGCUUUGAUAGAUGAUGAUGGUUUUCAGUUAGUGGUGAGAAAGUGUAAACAUACUACUCUUGUGCCCCAAGAAAGUACAGUUAGAGUUUCAGUAUCAGCAGUUCAGUCUCAAGUUCCUCUUAACACAAAAGGUAUUAGUCUUGUGGUUCUCGCUUCUCCAAGGAAAGGUGGGAGAAACAUGAAAUGUGGUAAAUGAAAUUGUUAUGUUGGAAUCUCAGGGGCUUCAAUGCCCCUAAAAAGCAUAGAUACUUAAAUAAACAUGUAUCUAAGUU